GCUGCUUGCACCCUCCUCGUUACCUGCUGCACUUGGCCUCCAACGAGCAGCUGGGAGCAGUGCUGGCUGCUGAGCCCCAUCCUGGCAGCACGAGCCAUGCCAGCACUCUGGGGCUGGCAGAUGGGGCUCUGACUCCCACUGCUGCACUGGACUCAGCGCUGCCUCCAGCCCUCAAACAGAGGCUCUGCUCUGCUCCAAACCUCACCUGAGCCCUCGAUGCUCAGAAUAUGGAUGGCCCAGGGCUGAGCUGGAUGCUGAAUCACUCCUUCUCCCUUCCUGCUCAAUAUCCCGAGCUCAGGAUGGACCUCCUUGACGGGAAGGGUUCCUGCUUGCAGCUGGCCGCCAUGCGGAACGUGAACAUCAUCCUGCAGCACUACAACUUCUCCGGCAAGCUGAGCAACCGGCACUCCCGGGAUGAGGGGAUGGGCCUCAUCCGCACCACCUUCGUCAUCAUCAGCUGUGCCAUCAUCCUGGAGAACCUGCUGGUGCUGCUGGCCGUGCUGCGCUGCCUGCGGGCGCGUCGCUGGGUCUAUUCCUGCAUCGCCAGCAUCACCGUCAGCGACCUGCUGGCCGGCAUCGCCUACCUGUCCAACCUCUGCCUCUCGGGCAAGAAGACCUUCCAGCUGUCCCCACAGCUCUGGUUCCUGAGGGAGGGAAUCCUCUUCAUCGCUCUGGCCGCCUCCACUUUCAGCUUGUUGGUGACGGCCAUCGAGCGGUACAGCGCCAUGGUGCGGCCCAUUGCUGAGAAUGAGGCCAGCAAGACGCUGCGCCUGCGUGGCCUCAUUGUGUCCUGCUGGCUGCUGGCCUUCGUCAUCGGGCUGCUCCCACUGCUGGGAUGGAACUGCCUGUGUGAUUUCAGCGCCUGCUCCGUCCUCCUGCCCCUCUACUCCAAGAACUACAUCCUCUUCUCCGUGGUCAUGUUCAGCAUCAUCCUGCUGGGCAUCAUCGGCCUCUACAUCUCCAUCUUCCAGCUGGUCCAGGCCAGCUCGAAACAAACCACGUCUCGGCACAGCCGCAAGCGUUCCCUCCGUCUGCUCAAGACGGUGCUGAUGAUCCUGGGCGCCUUCAUCAUCUGCUGGAGCCCCCUCUUCGCCCUGAUGCUCUUCGAUGUGUUCUGUGAGACACACACCUGCAGGCUGCUGCACAGCCUGGACUGGACCUUGGCUCUGGCCAUGCUCAAUUCAGGCAUUAACCCCAUCAUUUACUCACUGCGCAGCGUGGAGGUGCGCCGCGCCGUGGGCAGCCUGCUGUGCUGCUGCUGCCUCAGGAUCGGGCUCUGCAAGCCUGGGAACUGCCUGGUCAUCACUGAUAUCAACUCGGGCUCAUCCACUGAGAGCUCCCUUCGCUACCGGGAGAGCCUCCGCAGCCCCAUAGCCCCGACCCCACGGCCCAGAGCACCUCUCUCCAGCAACUCCAGCAUGAUGAGCAAUCUGCCCAGCCUCUGAGAGGACAAAGGUGGCCCAGGGAGCCCGUCGGGACCUCAGGAUGCUGGUUGUGGUCUGUCAGAACGGUGUCAGCUGCUGCCCCACCCCCAUUGCUGACUGUGACCAGGCUUUGAGCAGGAGGCUGCACAGAAACCACUGCUGGAGGGCGGUGAGGGCUGCGGGCACAGCCUGGGAGGGACACUCUGCUCAGACGGAUGCUGUGCUGGGGCAGCAGCGGGUGCUGCUCCACGUGUGCAUGUAUACGGGUGCUGUACGUGCUCUGGGGAGGGUGUUUAGCCCCGUUGUGUCCCAUGGCACAGGGAUGGCUCCCUAUGUUUGGACUUGUAGGGGUUAUGGAGAGCAGAGAUGGGAACGGGCUGAGAGCUGUGCUGUAUGGGCUGUGCCGUAUGGGCUGUGCUGUAUGAUGGGCUGUGCUGUAUGGGCCGGGCUGUACGAUGGGCUGUGUUCUAUAGGCUGUGCUGUGUGAUGGGCUGUGCCUUAUGGGCUGAGCUGUAUGAUGGGCUGUGCUCUAUAGGUUGUGCUGUAUGAUGCCCUGUGCUGUAUGAGCUGCUGUCAGGCUCCUCCCGCAGGGCGCUGUUAUUUAGCAGCCCAGCACCAAUUCCCCCCUUCCCCUUUAUCGCCGUGCCCGCAGUCCCGGCCAUUCCCUGCAGAGGAGCCGUGGGCAGCUUCAAACCUCGCAAUAAAACCCCGCUCAUGAAGCCCACGUUCGGUGCGCUGUUAUUCCGUAUCGGGGUCCCUACAACAGCCGGUGGGGCACGGAGCAGCGAUGAGCCUACACACCCGCCCCCCACCGGAAGUACCCUCUCCCACCG